AUGGCAAUCUCCCUCUCCCAAAUCUCCAUCUCUACCGACUCAGAUUCUGCAUCCUCUUGGGACCACCACCCUAGCUCCUCCCCCCAUUACCGCCAUCCAUCACUGCCACCACUUCCCACAAACCAACUCUGGCAGAAUCUCCCUCUUGCCACCCCACCCUCCAAGAAGCCACGUGGUAGGCCCCCAGGCUCAAAGAACAAGCCCAAGUACACCAUGGCUCAGCCCUCCAUGAAGAUUGUCAUCGUUAACGUGGCUCCAGGACGUGACAUCAUGGAGACAAUUCUCGACAUCGCUCAGCAAAACCAUGUCAGCCUCACCAUUCUCAGUGCCUCCGGUACCAUCGCCUCUGUGAUCCUCCGCAAUACCCCCACUGGUUCCCCCUCUCUCAUGCUUCAUGGCCCCUUCAACUUGCUCUCCCUCACCGGCUCCUUCUUAUACAACAACGAAUACACCCUUCUCCCCGGAGCCACCACUCCCCGUUCCUUGUCCUUCGGGAUCCACCUCUCCACCUCUCAUGGCCGAAUCUUCGGUGGCCCCAUUGGCGGUAGAGUCGUUGCCGGUGACGAUGUCAGCUUGACCAUCUCUACCUACAAGAACCCUGAAAUUUACAAAUAUGUACCCACAGGCCAAGAAAGUAACGAGGACGAUAACAUCAACAACCACAUCAACAAAACUUAUAACAGUAACCCUAGUAACUCCAAUACGGGUGGCGACUUGUCAAUAUUCAACUCUGCUAGUUUCGGAAUCCGGCAGGCAGUGGCACUCAGAGUAACAGCAGAUCGUUGUACUUUCUAUAAUUGCAGUACUCGCACUCUUGGAACAUUGUCACAUCCAUUGCAAGUCCGCGAGGUUUAUAACUGCACAGAGCGAAACUCUCCACAGGAAAAACUGGUUAUGUAUUCCUCGAGAUGUGUUGUCACAGGUAAUGGGGGAACUUCAUAUGCAUAUCUGGGAAGACCAUGGAGACCUUUUGCAAGAGUGGUUUUUGCAUUCACUUUCAUGGAUCAAUGUAUAAAGCCUGCAGGGUGGAAUAAUUGGGGCAAAUAA